GCCCAGGCUUGCCUGCUAGCGGGUUGUCAUGUCUCGAGAGGCAGGCUCAUGCCGAGCAGGCACUGGGACCAGGGCGCGGUCACGGAAGCCCAAGAAGCCUCACUACAUCCCACGGCCCUGGGGCAAACCCUACAACUAUAAGUGCUUCCAGUGCCCCUUCACCUGCCUGGAGAAGUCACAUCUUUACAACCACAUGAAGUAUAGCCUCUGCAAAGACUCCCUCUCUCUGCUGUUAGACUCCCCUGACUGGGCAUGCCGCCGAGCGCCCCCCUCACCCAGGCCUCGCGUGCCCACCCCCAACUGCUCCACAGACUUCUCAGACCCUAGUAGCAAGCCAACUGAGCCAGAUCUCAUUGUCACGGACAGCUUUUCCCAGCGUCGUUGUGGCAGGGGUCCCAAACCUAGACCAGAGGAGUCGCCAAGGUCACUAUCCCCUCUGGCUAGACCCAUCCGGAAGGGUCCAGGCACCAGUGGCCUUUUGGCAGAGUCAUGGAAGCCAGGACUGAGUGGCGGCAUGCUAAGUGGGGCUUUAGGGACUAUAGCUUCAACCACAGGCUCUGAGAGUAGUGUCCCCUGCUACCCACCACCUGCCCAGGCUGAGUUCCCUGAAGCCCAUAGCCUCCACUUAUCAUUGCUGGGGGUCAACUACCCUCUUGGCCCAGGUCUCUUCUCCUAUCUGGGGCCCUCGCUGGCUGCUGCUGCAGCCCACAUGCCCUUUCUGGCCUCAGCAAGCCCCUUGCUGCCCGCCACAGCCUUCCCAGCCCCACAGACACCUGAACGUCCAGGCCUGGCUCCUCGCCUGUACUACCCGCUGCUACUAGAGCACAACCUAGGACAAGCAGCAGGCAGGCCUGCCCCUGCCAAGUCCUCUGUGCCCCUCAAGGGGCCUCCUGGGGCUCUGGCUGCUCCUGGGCUGCUGAAGAUGCCUAUGCCAGGGCCUGGGGGACCCUGGCCCCAUGGUGCUUCCAGAGACCCAGGGCAUGGAGGAGAGCUGGGACGGGUAACUCAGAGCAACCUGCAGAAGAGGCUGCCCGCGGGUGACAUGCCUGAGCUCCCAAAGGCCCCCGUGAACCUGGCAAAAUUUGGCUGUCAGAGCAGCCUGCCAACAGGCUCGUCCCUCAUACUCUGGCCCGAGGACAAGGAGCCAGGUGACCCUGAGGCAUCAGGUCCUGAGGUCCACCUUCUGCAGCCGCCACAGGGCCAGGGGCUAGGAAGUUCAGUCCCAGUGGGAGAGGACCUGACCCAGGCCUUUGGUGACUACGCCAGGGUGGAGCAGUGCUUGGGGCAGCUGGCGCCAGCUGGGGGUCUAGCCCCCAGACCUUUUCGGGAGCAGCUUAGCAAGAUUCGCCAAGAGUUGUUCACCAUCCAUCAGGCGCUGGCCCGGGCAGCUCGUCCACUGGACACACCCUUGGACCUCUCAGUGAAGCGGGUGCCCACCAAGGGAACUGAGGCGCCUGCAGAGUCCUGGGGGCUGCAUGACCCAAACCCCAUGCUGGCGAGGGGGACCUCGGAGCCCUCCCGCAUACUGGGCCCUGUACUUGAGCCUUUCUCGAGCCACACCACUAAGUGUGAAGCUGACUCCAGUGUCCCUCCUCCUGUCCUCCCGCUCCAGGCCCCCGAGGACCCUGUGAUUCCUGGUAGUGGCUGGGGUACUCAUCUUGCAGCCGGCAGCUCCCAGACCCCUAAAGACACCCCGAGCUUGCAGAUCCUUCCGAGUGCUGACGUCUGUUCACAGCCACCGUAGAGUACGGAUUCCUCCCCCUGACCUGGGUCCCAUUGUCUGGGCCUGUCCGGUGUCAGUGUGCAUGUGUUCUGAACGGAUACCACCCCACCCCACGCCCAGACUCCCCCACCAGCCCGUGCUAGAGACUUGUCUAUGUUCUCACAUGGACAGAGCAAGGUCACGAUUUAUUUAUUG